AUGGCGAUCAAGUCGAAAAAGAAAAUUUAUUCUGAGUAUGAAAAAGUCGAGAAAUUCAAGAAAGCUGAGGAAGAAGCUAGAGAAGAUGUAAAGCUCUUUGUCGGCGGAAUCAUUUUCACCUUUUCUUUUCUUUGGGCGAUGCUGGAAUGGGGCGAAGCAGCUGGUUGGUACGCUCCAUCGCCAACCGUUUACAACCAGCCAGGGCAGGAAAACAGCAGAGAACGAUUUGAACAAGGGCCUCUCGAGUGCGAAAUGGACUACGACUUGUGUAACACUACUGAGAUAGGUUACUAUGGCCCUGGUUGUGUAACACGUUGGUACUACUGGAAGCUCAGACCAGAAUUGGCUUGGAGUUAUGUCAUCCCAUGGGCUUUUUAUUUGAUGCAUCAAAUUACUGUCUGGGCUGGAGUCUUCUACGCUCAGAAACUUAAAGACUCGGAAUUCGGACGCGAUAUCGGCGUCGAGGCGAAAUUUACAACCAAGCUGAGUAGCUUCAAUUACUUUCUGACCGCAGCGAACGUGUUUUUCGUGAUUGCUCAUUUGGUAAUCACCCACAUUUCAUAUGAUGGCCUGGCCCCAACCGUCGCCGAAUCGACUUCUCAAGCAUCUGUUAUUCUAAUGGGCUGCAUCAUUUUGGUACUUGGCACUUUCGUUUCGGGGUCAGCGAAAAGGGCAUGUUUCUGGCGUGAGUGCGCGCUGACCCCACAUCAGACCGCGGUUUCUUAUUCGGCUGGCCCGAUCUACGUGAAAACGAACCGAGCUUUGCAAGGUGGUUCAUCAGCAGAUAUCAUGGCUACGUCAUCUUCUGGGGCAUCUGCUACACUUUCUGGUACCACCCAAUGGAAUCUACUCCCGGCCACUUUCUCGGAUUCACCAACGGAUGCUUGUGUUUCCUCCAGAACGAAACAAUGGACGUUCUUUAUCGAAUUAUGGCCCCUCAUUCAUUCUUGCGUUAUCGCUUAUCAGACAGGCAAUCGUGAUCUCCCGCAACGUGAAGACUUGUGGCCGAUUUUCUUCUUUGGUUUCACUACAGUUCUUGUGAUCGCCUGGAUCUUCACCUUUGAUUUCUGGUGGCGAGAAAAUUCGACCCUCGUCCGAUUCUUCCCCUUCGUCAUCUGGCUUGCCUACUGUUCCAACUGGUUCCUCCCCGAUCGAGUUCAAGACCUCUGGCAGCUAAUUGCAAUUCCCUCAAUUCCGUGUGGCAAAAACAUGGCCAAAGAGCACUAG